AACAGCGCCUAUGCGAGCCGAGGAUGUAGUCGAUCACCACAUGCAUCCUCAGGAUGCGCCGGCAGACCCCACAGUUGCAGAAAAUCGGCCUGGGACAGAAGGUGGCACCAACAACACUCACUCUCGUAUCUCUUUGUUACAACCCGCACCGACCUUCGCAUUACGGGAGAGCUCCAUAAAGACGAGGUCUGUGUCGAGUACAACACGCCGUAAUAAAUGUGUUCGCUACUUGGUGGAGGAGCAAGAGAUACGUUUUGGCAGCAUGCCUCAAGCUAGAAUGGCAAUGAGUCGUGCUGUCCCCGCCCCUCUCUCGCCGGGGAACGAUAUCCAUUUGAUAGUCGGCAUAUUCUCUACUCCGGAUGGCGAGCCGCAAGAGAUUUCUGUUGACGUUAAAGACGCCAAGAGCUUAUUCCGCAAAUUCAGAUGGGCAACUUGGCGCCUGCGGGGCAUGUAUGGUUUCUUUUCUCUAAAAACAGUCGCGGCGUUCAAAGUAUAUGAGUGUAUUGGUACCAAUCACGGCGGUCAUCGACGCAUUGAUCUUGACGAUGCGUCAACGGCCUCUAUGAAGCAGCUAUUUCUGGCGUACAAGCAAGCCCGGUUUAGAGACGACGUAGCGAUCAAGUGGGCCAAGUGGAUCAAUGUCUGUCUGAAUGAAAACUCGUACUCGAUCGAGCUUGUUCUGGACUGGUCUCCUACCAGACUCGCCAUCGCGUUGCUGAGCCCGGUAGCUCUGAGUCUGGCGGUUGGAUCUUGGUUCAACUCGCGGGACUGGACCGAUCUGGCGACUAUUCAAACGGCUUGGGGCAUCGCCUCCUACGUUGUUACUGCGACUGGUUGUAUGUAGCUGUUUGAGCUGCCUUUCAUUCCCAGAUUCGACACCGUGUACUGACUUUGAUGCUGCCUAGUGGUGGCGGCUUUGCUCACGUUAAUAAGCGGCUUGGGCCACCUGUAGCUUCUCUUUCCAGCAGGUGGCACGUCGGAAACAGUUAGCAUUACUGACCUCGAAUUGAACAAGUCAGUCUCAACCU